UCUUGUUCUUGUUCAUGUUCGUUUUUGACGUUUUUGUUUUUGUACACAACUGGAGGCUAGAAAAAUUAUGAUACAUGAAUGAUUCAUUUGAUGUGAUAAUGACUCAAGCUAGAUAACUAACCAUAAUCGUGACAUGUAGUGAUAAGUUUUCUUAGCUGGAGUCUAAGUAUUUUAAAAAAGGUCUUUGCUGUUGUGUUGUGAGGUUAUCAUAACAAGGCCUUUUUAGCACUAGGCCUUAUUAUUAAGUAUGUCCGAACCUUGGUUUUUAUUGGUGCUAUUUCUUGCCCAUGUAUCCUACACAUCUGCUACCUCAAAUAGCACUAAAUUCCACUUAAAGGGGUUCAGCUCGUUCGGCGAUGCCUGUGAAGAAGUUCUGGAAAGCUUUGCCUUGGCUUCAGCCAACUACACAUUUUGUGCUAUUCGAUUUGCACGCCCCAUCAGGCUAUGUGAAUUUUGUGUUGGGAAUUACCAAAAUGUUAUAGCAAUCCACAAUGAUAUUUUAAACCUCUACGAUCCAGAUAACUUCACUUGUAAAGACAAACUGAUGAACUUGGAUAGACUACAAGUAGUGCAAUCUGGAUUUGACUAUGUAGAUGGACUUUGGAAGCGAGCUAAGUGUAGUAAUUGUUUUGAGAUGGACGAUCAAGGAUACCCAACUAAAUCAUUAAAUUACAAAACAUUGGAGAUCUUGGAGUUGAGCAAUAAAACAUACUCUUGCAUUGAUAAGCAUAGAAACGAUACUUCCACCCGAGGCGGAGACCCUCCUGUCUGCGCAGAGUGCAAGCAAUUCUAUCAGGACCUGAAUUCUCACUACGAUUCGCUAAAGAACGAAGGCUUCUGCAUGGAUAUAGUGGACAUGAUGAAUCUUACCAGAGCGAUGUGGAGUUCGGAACUUAAGUGCUGUCUGGAACGCAAACAGCCUGAGUGGUUGUUUCUGGUAUCGUCCUGCGUGUUCACGUGUUUGCCGUUUGUCUUCUACUUAGCCGCGUUCAUGUUCGUCACCAGCAAAGAGCAAACGCUGCUGAAACAGAGAAGAUUACAAGAAAAUUUUAACACCGGAGCCCACUACAGCGGUUUCGUGGGUGAUUGACUACCUAGCUACUGACUAAACCUAGUUUUAAACUAUUCAAAACAUAUUUUUAAUUGUUUAAGGGUAUAUCGUCAAGAAUGUUUUCUCUUACGUAUUGGACUAUUUUUAAACAUUUGACAUUAACCUCUAAGACGUCAAACAGGCUUUAUAAAAUUAGUGAUAGUAUAUUGUAUUUUGUAAUAUUCUACUGUAGCUGCAUUUUAAACUACAAUGUUUCCGGUAUAAAAUAUGUUUCAUUAGUUGGAUUGUUGGCAAACUAAAAUCAUUCUAAGGAGGCACAAUCAAGAGCAUGUAUUUAUUAUACUUCUAGUUUAUUGUAUUUUAGCUUAAUCAAUUAUCCAAGUGUUUGGCAAUAGUAAGAUCCACAUCCACUAGAAGCAAAAGAUUUCAGGAUUUGAAGUUAAGGUAAUCUUUAUUAUGAAACCAUUGUAUUUUUUUAGCAAUAAAUUUAUUCUUGCCUUGUUGAAGUAAUGUUGAUGAAAAUAAUUAAUCGUAAUACUUUUAAUUGGCAUUGCAUUAAAUUGUUGCUUCUUCAUUAUUAGUUGAGGUCCAUGCUAAAACUGUUAUUAUUUGUCUUCAAAAUAUUCCCCAUUACUCAUGCUUUAGCCUUUAAACAAGACGGAAGUUGUAUUGUAAAACCAACUUUAACAAUAUGUGUAUGUUAUACUAUUUAUAUAUUUUAGCGGUUGCAUUAUCCAUUUGAUUGUGUGAAUGAGAUUUGUGAAUGUGAGUGUGAUUAUUUAGACUAUGACUUAGAUUAGUUAAGCUCGGUAUGGCCAAGAACAGAUAAUGAUUGGAUUAUGGUCGGAUACGGUUUUGGAUUCAUCUGUGAUAAUAAGCGAAAGCUGUGACUUUAACAUUUGCUAAUUGAUAAUCUUGAGUAUGUACACUUGUAUUUAUCCAGGCGUUUUGUUUCAAAUGCACUCUUAUAUUGAUCCUCGUUAAUUUUGGGUGGUAGAGUUUCUCUAGUUCAAUGGGUUUUUUAAAUUCUUUUCUGUUUUUUUUAGUUUUAGUUUAUGGACUUUUCCUAUACUAAGAGGUUUGACUACACUAUGUUUUGUGAGGUUAGAAAACUCCUCUAGUUUUUAAGUGACUCCGAUUACCCUACAUUUACCUAAAUCCAUCCUAACCUACCUACUAACUAUAGUUUUUUUCUCCACAUUUAUUAAAUUUGAUAUACAGUAUUACAUAAUCUAAAAAACAAUAUACAAAAACACAAUGAAAAAACUAAACACACCUGUUCUUAU